CCUAUCACGUUUACCGUGGAUUUCUGCAACAUCAGGGGACUCCACUCGAACUUGGAGGCCGUCCAUCACCAUCUCGAGACGGCCAAGCCGGCCUUGCUUUUCCUCACGGAGACGCAGAUACCCUCUCCGGCAGACACUUCGUACCUAUCCUGUCCCGGAUACAAAUUGGAGCAUUCCUUUUUGCCUCGGGCCGGGGUAUGUGUGUACGUCAGAGAGGAUAUCUGUUCUCGUCGCCUCAGCCUUCUUGAAGGUAGGGACCUAUCUAUUUUGUGGCUGCGCAUAGAUAGCGAUGACCAUCCGCGAGUCUAUGCGUGCCUCUAUAGGUCCCAUAGCGGUAAUGCCGAAAUAGACCGACUCAUGGAGCAAGUCCAAACGGCUACAGAUUCCGUUCUGGCACAGAUCCCCUCCGCUGAAAUUGUGGUACUCGGCGACUUCAACGCCCACCAUGCCGAAUGGCUCGGUUCCCGUACCACCGAUCACGCGGGGAGAUCUGUCCACGACUUUGCCUUGUCAUAUGAUCUGACGCAGCUGGUUUCCUCGCCGACGCGAAUCCCAGAUGUGGACGAUCAUACACCUUCCCUGUUGGACCUUCUGCUGACCUCACAUCCGGACAGUUAUUUGGUUUCUGUCGAUGCCCCCUUGGGAUCGUCGGACCACUGCCUGAUCCGGACGAGAGUGCCUAUCUCGCGUCGCCCACGGGUCAAACCUAAUGGCCACCGUCGAGUAUGGCACUACAGGUCAGCAGACUGGGAUGGGAUGCGGUCUUUCUUUGCAUCCUACCCAUGGGAGCGAGUAUGCUUCAAGCUGGACGAUCCCGAUGCCGUUGCCGUUUCCGUCUCCGAUGUGGUGCUUCAGGGAAUGGAACUUUUUAUUCCUUCAUCUGUUGUGCCCAUUGGAGGCAAUACUCGGCCCUGGUUUGGUCAAUCCUGCAAAUUAGCCGCACGCUACAAGCAGGAUUGUUAUCGAGCCUGGGCUGAGGCGUCAGCGGCUAGGGAUGUAAAUACCAGCCUACUCAAAAAGAAGUACAACUUCGCCUCCAGGUCCUUCAAAAGAGUUAUUGCCAAGGCAAAGUCGGAACACGUGGCCAGCAUUGGGGAGAGGCUGGUGCGCCUUCCUUCGGGAACUCGUGCGUUCUGGUCUCUCGCCAAGGCUGUCCAGGGGAAUUUUUGUAAGCCGUCCUUACCAUCUCUGCGCAGGGGGGAUGACACGGUGGCCCACACCGCAAAAGAGAAGGCCGACCUUCUUGGCUCUCUUUUCGCGUCCAACUCGACUCUGGAGGACAAAGGUUGCUCGCCGCCGAAAAUACUGUGCGGUGACACCUUUAUGCCGGAAAUCCAGUUUCGUCAGAGAUUAGUGCGUAAAGUACUUCAAUCUCUGGACGUUAAUAAGUCGAGUGGGCCCGAUGGAAUCCCUCCCAUUGUG